AAUCGCGAGCCCUACCCGGAAAGAAGCCGCUGCUGACAGCGGUGUUAGGGUGGCGCACUCAUCCACUUCAGAUACUUGUCAGAUGUCGGCCCAUGAAAUGUGAACUGACUAACAGAAGGUUUUAACUUUCAUUUUACCAUGGUUUAAUGCGUUUUACUCUCUGCGUCUUCGUGACACUUCGAACGCUAAACUGAAAGAAACGUUGAUAUGUGGUAGCAGGAGGCAGCAUGCCGUACGUGGACAGGCAGAACCGUGUGUGUGGCUUCCUGGACAUAGAGGAGAAGGAGGGUAGCAGCCGCUUCCAGAGGCGCUACUUCAUAUUGGACACACAGAUUAACGCGCUGCUGUGGUACAUGGACAACCCCCAGAAUCUGCCCAGUGGAGCCAGUGCUGUCGGGAGUCUGCAGCUGACAUACAUCUCCAAGGUGAGCGAGGCCACGGGGAAACAAAAGCCCAAGACUGAGUUCUGCUUCGUGAUCAAUGCAGUGUCUCGGCGGUAUUUCCUACAAGCCAACGAUUCUGCAGACCUCAGAGAGUGGGUCCUUGCUCUGAACAAAGCCACCAAGAUCACUGUGCCUAAAUCCGGGCCUCUCCAGCCUAGGUCAGAGGUUGCUAUGGUAACCAGUGAGGCAGGGGGGAAGAGGCAGGCCUACAAGACUGAGAUCAUUGGGGGAGUGGUGGUCCACACCCCCAUCUACCAGAAUGAGGGGGAGGAGAUGGAGGUAGGGGACAAGAGGCUCUUCUCUCUAGCCAGUAGACCAGGUGUGCAAAGGUGUGGCUAUUGUGUCAAACAGGGUAACGUGCGGAAAAGCUGGAAAAGGCGUUUUUUCAUACUGGACAACAAUGCUGUCAGUUACUACAAGUGUGAGACGGAUAAGGAGCCUCUGAGAGCCGUUCCUAUAAGAGACAUUCAGAAGGUCCAUGAGUGUAUGGUCAAAUCUGGGGACCUGUUGAUGAGAGAUAACCUCUUUGAGAUCAUCACCACCUCCAGGGUCUUCUAUGUCCAGACAGACACUCCAGAAGACAUGCAGGGCUGGAUCAGAGACAUUGACAGGAAGAUACAGGACUUCAGAGGCCCUGCCAAGGGGUCUACAUUCAUGCGUGCCUCCUCCCUGUAUCGCCAUGGCAACUCCUCAAACCCAUCCCCUGGGUUCCAUGGUCCUCAUGGGGAUGACCGAAGACCCCCGCUAAUGAAGUCGUGUUCUGUGGCCCCAGGGUGGCAGCCUUGGACCCCCGUACCCCAAAGAGAUGCUCUCCCUCUGGGCCCAGCGGACAGUCCCUUUAGCGCUCUGCCCCCAAGUUCCUGCUCUCUCUCCACCUCCUCCAACUCCUCAUCUUCAUCCUCCCUCUCCACUCCCAUUCUCGCCUUACAGGGAGAGCCAGCCCUAGCUAGCGGUGUGGUUAUCCCAGCCUGUCCGGGCCCAGUGGCUCCUGGGGCCUCCAGCAGCCGUAGGAGACACCGCUCCCAGCCUCAGCCCCCCACAGACCAAAGUUUCCCUUUCAGCCUGGACCACGAUGGCGUGCGCACUACCGACGUCUAGAACCACCAGAGCUUUGGAUAAUGUAGAACUCCACCGAUGUCUGCAGGCGCCUAUUGUGUCUGUUAGGCCUGCUGGUCUGUUGGGGGUGUGUUCACUGAAGCCCUGUGGCCCCCUGCUGGUAGGGUGAGGGUCCUGCAGGGUGUGGUUAGUGGCUGUGGGGCGACUCGGAGCGUUGUUGAUGUGACUGGGAGGGGUUGUCAGGACUGAUCAGUGUUAAGGUCUGCUAGACUGUGAAGGGGUAUGUUAUGUGUUAUUGUAUGAGUUUCUAUUAAAAAGUGAAUGUAGUCCUAACUGGUACUGAGAUGAAGGAUGGAAGGUGGGUGUUGUGGUGGAGCAUGGUCUGUCUACUUAUCACCCUCUUCUGGUAUUAGUCAGCAGGCCUCUGACAUAUUACAUAGGCUAUGUCUCUUCACUACCUAGUAUAUUGACUAGGCUAUGUCUCUUCACUACAUAGUGCACCUCUUUUAAACCAGAGCCCUAAGGAUCUUGAAUAACAGUAGUACACUAUUAUUCAUAGAGCCCCUGCCACAACAAGGUUCCCACUCAUUAAAUAACCGUGUUUGCGUGUGUGGUUCUGGCUGUCUGUAGACAAUCAUGUUCUCCUGUCAGACUGAAUCCAGUGUCAUCAAAUCGCUUCGUCAGCAGCACAUUUUAUGAAAUACACAGACUUCCGUAAGCCACAACUUUUUGUUUUGAGUUAAAAUUAUUUACUCUCAUAGUGUGUGACAUGUCACCUGCUGUUUCGCGUGCCUGCAUUCACCUCACCAACCCGGAUCCAGAUGUGCUUUCCCCUCUCUUUAAACCCAUCUUCUUUCUGAUGUAGACUUUUUUUUUUAUCAAUCCCCACUUUCUAUUUCUGCUUAGCAUGAAGGGCUGUGUGUACAUGUUUGAGUUGGGUUCAUUCAUGAUUGACUGGAUGGACAAACAUUCUAAAAACAGGGUACUGUUUCACGAUUUUAACAGUACUGUCAUUCCCGAUGGAGUGGUUAAAUACUAAUGUGUGAUUUAUACUAAUGUAAUUUCUUGUAUUUUGCUCAUUUGGUUACUGUUUAUUGAUUGUCUUGUAAUGGACUGCCUUUUACUACCUGGUACUUGGUGUUCCCUCACCUGCUUCUUUAUAAUGGUGUUGUUGUUUUUUACCUGUAAACUAGCACAUUAAAUAAUAA